GUAUACUUGUAUUUGGUGCAAUACACUGCCACAGUGCCACCCUCUCUGGGGGCCCCACUGCUAUUCCACAUAUACAAUCAUCAUUCCCCGUUUUCUCGAUGAGUCACGCUGGGAGGGAGAGAGAGCUAGAGAAAGAGAGAGACAGACGACCAUGAUUUUCAUUGGAGGGGAAUUUUUUGAAAUGUAUUCAGCUGAGGGCUGAAUGCUCUUUUCAUUUUUAUUUAAUUAUAUAAUUAAUUAUUAAUGAUUCGCAGGUUGAAUUUUGAUUACUUUAAUUUUGGGCUUGUGGCUGACUCAUCAUUUGAUAAUACUCCCUAUUGUUAUAAUGUAUAAGAAAAUUUUAAUAUUGAAUAGUUUAUACUGUUUUAUUAUUAUUUUAAAUUUAUUUGAUUGAUUCAAUUGAUAUUUUAUUAAAUACAUAAGUUUCUUUUUUUUUUUUUUUCUUCUAUAAAUAUGGAAAAAAAAUGUUUAUUAUUUGCAAAGAUUUAAUUAAGAUUUAAGAUGAUACAUACUGUUGAGCAGAAGAAAAAAAAAAAUUAAUUUAUAUUGCAUUAGAAUUUAGAAUUGUAUUAUUAUUUUAUUUUAAAUGUUAAUUGUAUAUUUAUUUUUUUCUCGGUUCGUUCGUUAUAUAUUGGAAAGUUUUUCUAUUAUCUUUGAGUAAUUUUUAAAAACAAAUUUCAUUUUUAUUUAUUAUACUUUUUUUAUCUGAUGAAAUUCCAAUAUUUAGAAACUUUCGGUUUUUUUUUUAACUUUAAAUUUUAAGUACCUAAAAGAAUUUUGUUAUCAGUGGUUUUCUUUUCUUUUUUUUUUUUUUUUUUUAAUAAUAAUAAUUUAGAAAAAUAAAAAUAUAACUUAACAUUUUCAAUAAUAACACAUGUAUUGAUAAUAUAUCAAUAUAUAAAUGGGUAAGAAUAAUAUAAAAGAAAAAAAAAAAAAAUAUUGUCAAAUUGAGUGGGGGAAAUUUACGUUUAACCACGUGUUAAAAUUGUUGGCUGCUGGCUUUGCCGAAUUGUCGCUGGUAACAUUUACAAGAGGACAUGCACAAAAUAAUUUAUUAUUUACAAAAAAAUAAAUAACUACACUAUUAAUUGCAAACAAAAUUAUAUAUUAAUGACUUUAUUAAAAAAGUUAAAUAAUUAAUAAUCAAGAUGCAAGUAUCUUCUCAUAAUAACGUAAAAAUUUACAAUCUUAGUGCUGGUAAAUCAUUGCCUGAGUGGUUAUCAGAAAGAAAACGAAGGAAUUUAUUGAAAAAAAAUGUUGAUAUUAGAAGAAGAAUUGAGCUUAUUCAGGAUUUUGAUAUGCCUGGUAUAAGUUCAACAAUAAAAACAUCAAAAGAUGGACAUUAUGUAUUGGCAUCUGGUAUUUAUAAACCAAGAAUUAAAUGUUUUGAUGUUGAUAAUUUAUCACUUAAAUUUGAACGUUGUUUUGAUUCAGAAAUAGUAACAUUUGAUAUAUUAUCUGAUGAUUAUAGUAAAAUUGUAUUUCUUCAUUGUGAUAGACAUAUUGAAUUUCAUGCAGCACAUGGUAAAUAUCAUCGUUUACGUAUACCAAGAUUUGGUCGUGAUCUUGCAUAUCAUAAUCCAACAUGUGAUUUAUUUAUUGUUGGUGUUGGUAAUGAUAUUUAUCGUAUUAAUCUUGAACGUGGACAAUUUUUAAAAUCAUUUGAAUCAGAAGCAUCAUCAAUAAAUAAAUGUCAAAUAAAUCCAGUACAUAAUUUACUUGCUGUUGGUACACAAGAAGGUAAAAUUGAAGCAUGGGAUCCAAGAAUAAAAGAUAAAGUUGGAAUACUUGAUUGUGGUUUUCAUUGUCUUCAAGAUUUAAAUAUAAAUACAGUACCAUCAAUAACAUCAUUAAAAUUUCAAGGUGCUUUAACAAUGGCUGUUGGUACUAUUACUGGACAUAUAUUAUUAUAUGAUAUUAGAUCAAAUAAACCAUAUUUAAUUCAAGAUCAUAAUAAUAAUUUUCCAAUAAGAAAUAUUGAAUUUCAUAAUCAAAUGGAUUUAGUUUAUUCAAUGGAUAAAUCAGCAGUUAAAAUAUGGGAUAAACAAAAUGGUAAAAUAUUUACAACAAUACAAAGUGAAGUUGAUUUUAAUGAUCUUUGUAUUGUACCUGAUACGGGAAUGUUAUUUAUGGCAAAUGAAGCACCAAAAAUGCAAACAUAUUAUAUACCAAGUCUUGGCCCAGCACCAAGUUGGAGUAGUUUCCUUGAUAAUUUAACUGAAGAACUUGAAGAAAUUAAUCAUGAUAAUACAUAUGAUGAUUAUAAAUUUAUAACUGAUAAAGAAUUAGAAGAACUUGGAUUAGAAAAUUUAAAAGGAACAAAUUUAUUACGUUCACAUUUACAUGGUCAUUUUAUUGAUGCAAGAUUAUAUAAAAAAACUAAAAAUAUUAUUAAACCAUUUGCAUUUGAUGAAUAUAAAAAGAAAAAAAUUAAAGAAAAAAUACAAGAAGAUUGUGCUAAUAGAGUACAAGUUGAAAAAUUACCAGAUGUCAAUAAAAAUCUUGCUGCUAAAUUAAUGAAUAUUGAUCCAAGUAAUAAAAAAAAUAAAAAACUUGAUGCUGCUUCUGAAUUACUUAAGGAUGAUCGUUUCGGUGGAUUAUGGACAAAUAAAGAUUUUCAAAUUGAUGAAAAUACACCAGAAUUUGCUUUGCUUAAUCCAGUUAUAUCACAACUUAGUAAAACAAAAGCUAAAACUGUUAAAAGAGUUUCAAAGAUACCAAGUGCUCUUGAAGAUGAUGACGAUGAUCAUAAAGAGGGUGAUUCAGAUGAGGGUUUAAUUUACGAUGAUGAAUCAAGUUCAGAUGAUGAAAAACCAUGGUCAAAGGAGGUUAGUAAAAGGUACAAAGAAGCAAAUAGAAAAGUAAAACAAGCUGAGUAUGAAAAAGAAAAAGAAGAAGAAGAAAGAAUAAAAGCUGAAUCUCAAGGUGAUGAUGAUAAAACUAAACAAAGACCAAGAAUUUUGGAAACAAAAGAAGGAACUGAAUUCCAACGAGGAAAAGUAUUUAUGAGAAAACGCAACAAUGCUACUUUGGGUGAUAGAGUACAAAGUGAAGAAGCAAAUACUGUAAGAACAUAUGGAUCACGUGGCAACAGAGAAAUGUCAUUUACAACUGGCAAGAGAAAACUUGAUAAAAACCCUAACUCACUAGAUCGACGACGUGAACUUAAGGGUUUCCUAAGACCAGCUAAUAACAUUGGUAAAAGGAAAUAUAAAUAGCAUUAAAUAAAUUUUUAAAAAAAUUAGUUUUAUCAAUUAAUUAAUUAAUUAAUUAAUAAUACUAGAAAACAUAUUUCUUUUUUUUUCUCUCUUUGUAAUAAUUAUUUUAAUAAUUAAAAAAAAAUAAUAAUCACAAACUUGUUUUUAUAUUAAUUAAAUAUUCAUGAAAUAAUUUAAAUAUGAUUAAAAUUGUCUGGUGUGUAAAAGUGGGGUAAGGCA